AUGGGUCACUACGCACUGUACGGCACCAGUACACUCAAGCCAAGGUCAACGUGGCGAUACCGGGUAUCGUCACGGACAAACAAAAAACGGCAAGGACCAGUAGGCGCGGGGCGCCCUACCGGUAAUGCAGUCACGCGUGUCUACAACGGACACGCGGUGCUGAGGACUGCAGCCCCCAGUGAGAGGGAAUCUCACUGCAAAGUUCAAGAUGACAUGCCUAACCUUGUCAUCUUGAAGAUGAAGUCGAUGACGAAGAGAGCGGACUCUCUUCGGGUGUUGGUGGACUCGGGCGCGUCGAACAACUUUGUUCGACAGCAGAGUCUGCCGCUAAUGGACUUCGAGGAGAAGCAUGUGCCUCGAAGUCAGCUGGAAGUACGAUUGGCAACAGGUGCCAUCGUGAAAACUGAGAAGCGCGUGAUUCGCGCACGCUUCUCGUACAAACACCGGGUGUUUGUAGAAGAGCUUCUCGUCCUGGACAUGGACGACAAGUUCGACAUGGUUCUGGGUAUGCCGUGGCUUACACGACAUGAUCCAACAAUCGACUGGGAGAAGCGUACGGUCAGACAGUGGCUCGCGCCGCUGUCUCCAGUCUCAGCGCAAGGAGCGCGCGAGCUGUAA